CAAUCAAGACUCGCAUAUAUCAAUAAUCCCAUUCAAUUCAAUGAAGCGGCUCUUAACGACUUGUUCAAGAAUUACAAAAAUCUAAUCUAUCAAACAUCGAACAAUUCUUACGAUUCGCUUUUUGGACAAUGGCCAAGGACGUGUUGCUUAAUCCACCGUCAACUACGAGGCCCUGCAGCCCCCCCGUGACCGACAAUGCCGAGAGGUUAAUAAUUAUGCGCGGUUACGCGAGGCAGUUAUCAAAAAUCGAUGCACGUAUCCGCCAACAUAGCGAUCGAAUAGGUAUAAAAGGGGGGCACAGCCGUGUUUCGAGCAUCAAUCGAUUUUCAACCAGCUCUCAAGCUUGUAACAACUCCUCAACCUACCUGCAACAUGAAGUGCAUCGCAGCCGUCGUUUUGCUCGCCCUGGUUGCCGUGGCUUUCGCCAAACCAUUGGAAACGGAGUCGAUCGAGCCCGCUAAGGCCGAAUCGGUGGAAGCGGAAGUUGAGGCCGCGCCUCGCGACAAGCGAGGACUGCUGGUGGGCGCGGCUUACACAGCUCCAGUCGCCUACAGCGCUUACACGGCGCCGAUCGCGUACACGUCUGCCUACAGCUACCCUUACGCCGCGUACACCGGCUAUCCUUACUACGCCUCUGCAUACUCAGCGCCCUACUACGUUCUCUAGAACGGGCCUGUAUUUCGGACCUAAUAACAUUCGACGACUGCGCCACGAUCUACGACAGCUCUCAGUCUCGGAGAGCUUUCCAUCGUUUUCGAUCGAGAUGCACGAAUAUAAUUAUCGCGGAGAGAUGCUUGCGAAUGGCUCCUGAUCGAGAUUGGUAUAACACACGAGAUGAUAUGAAGGAUGUGAGAGAGGAAUCGACGAGAGUGUUUGCCGGCAUUUCUCCGCGCUUCUUGACAACUAACAAUCGAUGAACAUAUAUAUAUAUAUAUAUAUAUAUAUAUAGAUGUAAAUUUUCUGCACACAAUGUAGAUGUAAGAUGUUAAUAAAUUUCAUUGCAAAGUAAA